AUGCCAUCUAGCCCAAGAUCACACCACCCUGGUUAUGUCCAGCUCCAACAAAGAGACUCUACUGAUGACGACAUUGCACUCUCCCCUUCUUUCUUCCGUUCCUUACCGAAAUAUCAACGUGACUACUUCCGGGAAACAAGUUUAAGAUCCUUCCGUCCAAAUAGUUUACCUGCAUGGAUCAUGGAAGGAAGCGACAACGAAGAUCAAAAUGAGCAGGGUAGUAAAUGGGAGAAGUUUUCGAGGAAAAUCACAAACUUUAGAGGGAAAAAUAAAGAUAAGAAAAAGGAGAAAGAGCUGUUCCAUUCGGUCUUUCAACCCGUUAGUAUUGAUCCGAAUUGGCAGCUUCCAAUGAAUACCUUGAGUUCAGCACAUGGCCCCCCAAUUUCAAGAGACGAAUUUAAAUCUAUAGUUGAAUCGGUCAGAUCUGCCAUCAGAGACGGUAUAUAUCCGAAACGUAUCAGCUCUGGUUCGAGUGGAAGUUACUUUUGUAAAAAUGUGGACGGAAAAAUUGUCGGUGUCUUUAAACCCAAAAACGAGGAACCGUACGGACGAUUAAAUCCCAAAUGGACAAAGUGGAUACACAGAAAUUUGUUUCCAUGUUUCUUUGGACGGAGCUGUUUAAUUCCUAAUUUGGGCUAUAUGUCCGAAUCAGCAGCGUCUCUUCUCGAUCGUCGCCUGAAUCUUAAUAUAGUUCCGCUUACAGAAGUAACACAUCUUUCAUCACCUACCUUUCACUAUGAUUAUCUCGACCGGCGAGCUGCAAGAAUGAAAGGAAAUCCCUUCCCCUUGCCUGAAAAAAUUGGCUCUUUUCAAAUAUUUCUUAACGGAUAUAAAGAUGCCGAAGUUUUUCUGCGCGAUUAUCCAUGGCCAAAUUCUACUAAUCAAGAUAUUAUUACUGCAUCGGCUGAAGCGAACGAGGCAAUGGGAAAGGGAAAAAAGAAAAAAAGAUUGGGUGUAUUAGUAUGUAGAGGCGACGGUGAUGAGGACGAAGGCAAUGAAUAUAUGGAUAAUGAACAUAUAGGAAGGAAAUUCGCGUGGACGAAAGAGUUACAAGUACAGUUUAGAGAACAAUUUGAAAAAUUAGUUUUGCUUGAUUAUUUAAUGAGGAAUACUGACAGGGGUCUGGACAACUGGAUGAUUAAAUAUUGUGAAAAGGACUCUUCAAUCCAGGUUGUAGCGUUACCACCCGAACCACUCACAAUGGAGGCUCCAUCAAAUCUGCGCCGACCCAACGCUUCCGCGGAUCCUUUAUCGCAAUCAACAAAGCCCAUAACUUCCGAAAUUACACCCGUCGACGCGGAUGACGAUCCUCUAAGUGCCGUUAAUUCGCCAUCCUCAACCAAUACGAAUCUGCUGUUACCUGUUGCUUCCUCAUCGUCAGCCGAAGCUACAACACCAUGGCCUCACGUACAUGUAGCGGCAAUAGAUAAUGGACUAUCAUUUCCGUUCAAGCAUCCUGACCAAUGGAGGUCAUAUCCUUAUGGUUGGCUAUUCUUGCCCAAUUCACUAGUUGGACAACCAUUUACAAGAAAUACCAGAAAUCAUUUCUUAUCAUUACUAACUUCGCAAGUAUGGUGGAAGGAAACGAUUGCAGAUUUAAGAGCAUUAUUUUCAGUGGAUGAUGAUUUCGAUGAAGGAAUGUUUAAGAAACAAAUAGCUGUUCUUAAAGGACAAGCAUGGAAUAUAGUCGAAACACUCACGCAGCCUGAUCAAAGUCCACUUGAUCUAUGCAACAAAGAGAAUGUAAUAGUCGUUGAAGAGGAGGUAGAGAUUGAAAUACCAGAAGAGACUGAAAUUGAUAUUGCUGAUUUGGCAGGACAAGACGACCAAAUUAAUGAUACAGAAGAAAGUACUUCGUCACGUGCCAUACCAAUUCCUGGUAAGGUAAGAAGUUUAAGUGACGAUGGGACUAUGCAAAGGCUAAGGACAAUUGGUAACAUUCCAGCUAUGACACCUGGUUCAUAUGGUGGGUUUACAAGGAAGCAAAAAUGGACGGAAAACUUUAAAAGUAAAUUUGAUAGUUUGCGUGGAGUUCAUCCUUCAAGUAAUAGACGGUCUAAGGCCGUCAUUCGUGAAAGAUUGGAGCCUGUCAAGGGCGCUGUACCUUUCUUUAAAUGCUGUUAA